CGGGGAGUGUCGGCAGGUCAUAUGAGCCGCACCCGCCCCCCUCAGCGGACCUGUCCUGAUCGUGCCGACCCCGUACUCGAUCGGGUGCUGCCUUCUCUCGGGCAUACAUAUCACCGCUCCCACGCUCAAUUCCAACCGGUAUAGCUGUCAAUUGUACUAUCAAUUCUCUCUACUUCCAAUUCAUCAUCAUCAAUAAUGUCUACUGAAUCUCUGCCAUCCCUGCGCUGGGGUAUCAUCGGUACCGGUCUUAUCGCUUCCUGGUUCGUCGGUGACCUCCAGAAAAACCGCCCCGAUCGCAAGGCUGACCACAUCAUCGCCGCCGUCGGUGCUUCGUCGCUCGAGAAGGCCAAGACCUUUGCUGAGGCGAAGUGCCCUGGAAAGAACCCUACCACCUACGGCUCUUACCAGGAGGUCUACAACGACCCCAACGUCGACAUCAUCUACAUCGCUACCCCGCAUGCGUUCCACAAGGAGAGCGCGUUGGCCGCUAUGGACGCCGGCAAGGCCGUUCUUUGCGAGAAGCCAAUGACUAUCAACGCUAAGGAUGCUAAGGACCUCGCUGCUAAGGCUAAGGAGAAGAACGUCUUCUUGAUGGAGGCUGUCUGGACCCGAUUCUCUCCCCUCGUUCUCAAGCUCGAGGACCUUGUGCACAAGGAGAAGGCCAUCGGCGACGUUUCCCGCAUCUUUGUCGACUUUGGUCUUGACAUGAACCUCGGCGCUCUUCCCGAGACCUCUCGUCUGAAGAACCGCGACCUCGGCGCUGGCGCUCUGCUCGAUAUUGGUAUUUACACCCUCACAUACGGAAAGAUCCUGCUCGACACCGGUCUCGGCAAGAACUCGAAGAAGCCCAACGUCGUCUCGAUGCAGUCCCUCGUUGGCGGCAUUGACUACAUCAGCACCGUCAUCUUGCAGUACCCCGAGACUGGUGCGCAGGCCAUCCUCACCUCCUCAGUCUACUACAAGACCGCUCCCGAGUUCCUGCGAAUCGAGGGCAGCCUCGGCACCAUCACCGUCUCCGGUGUCGCUACCUCGUCGCCCAAGGUCAUCAAGAUCACAUACAAGGACGCCGAGAAGAAGGACGAGGUCCUCGAGUACCCCCGCGACGGAUUCGGAUUCUGGUACGAGGCCGACGCGGUCGCUGUCGAUAUCGCGGCUGGAAAGAAGGAGGACGACCGUAUGCCGCUCGACGAGACUAUCUACAUGCUCGAGCUCAUGGACUCGAUCCGCAAGACCGGCGGCGUCGUCUACCCCCAGGACGCGUGAAUGUGAAAAUUAUAACGGAAAAUUUGUACCAUACGGAAUAAUAUAAUCACAAUGAAAAUAAUACGAAAGCACC